CAACUUAAUUCAUUGAAAUAUUAUAUUUUAUUUUCCUAAAAAAUUGGUUAGUUUUUAUAAUCAAAAGAAAGAGAGCUCUUGUUCAACUUUCGCUGUGUUUGCUUAAAUAGUCCUUUAUUAACUAUUUUUUAAGAAAUCAUAAAGUAAGCAAAAGGAAUAAAAAUCAAUACAUUCUGCAUAGAACGUGUGAAUAAUGUGAAGUUGAAGUUUCGCAACACGCAACAUUAAAGGAAAGAGAGAGGCAGAGGAGCAGACAGUCAAAAAGUCAAUCAAAAAGCAGAAACAGAAACAACCACUACAAUACUGUGUUCUAAAAAUAAUUGAUGGGUGCGUACUAAUACUGUGAAUUAUUUUUUUUUAAUAUAUAAGAAAGUAUUAAAAAGCUAUAGUAUUACUUAAAGCGACAAUAGUGCUUCAUAAAUAAUCUUAAGAAUUUGAUAGUUUAGCUUGGAUUUGUACAUUUGAAUUUUUGGUAAUGGUACAACCGGCCAAUCGUGGAUGUUUAAUCAAGAGAGGUUUUUGAAACAUGUCUAAAACCAUCAAUGCGUAUAGGAUCAAGAAGAUAGAAAAUUACGGCAAAAUGACGCAGAUGACACAAGAAGAAAUCGUUGCCGCUGUUAAAACAGUAGCUCAGGGUUUGGAAGCCUUAAGAUCGGAACAUACAGGAAUUUUACAUAGCCUCCAUGAAGCCCCCGAUCCUGUAGUUAGCGAACGAGCUGGUCUGGUGCAACAGAGUGCCGAUAUGAUAGAAUUGGGCCUCGGUGAAGCACAGGUUAUAAUGGCUUUAGCAGCACACUUGCAGUUAGUAGAAGCUGAAAAACAAAAGUUGCGUACACAAGUUAGAAGAUUGUGUCAAGAAAAUGCUUGGUUGCGUGACGAAUUAGCCUCUACCCAACAGAGACUGCAGUCCAGCGAACAGAUGGUUGCUCAGUUAGAAGAAGAUAAACGUCAUCUAGAGUUUAUGAGUUCCGUUAGCAAAUACGACCAAGAUGUUAAUGAAGAUAAUGCUUCAGAACAAUCGAAGAGUGAGAAACCUGAUCCAGUAGUUGAUCUAUUCCCGGAUGAUGAUGCUGAUGACAGACAUAAUAUGUCUCCUACGCCUCCAAACCAGCUACAGCUUUCUCAACAAGUAAACGCUGGAUAUGAAAUUCCAGCACGUCUUAGAACACUUCACAAUUUAGUCAUACAGUAUGCUUCCCAAGGCCGAUAUGAGGUAGCAGUUCCUCUGUGCAAGCAAGCGUUAGAAGAUUUAGAAAAAACCAGUGGUCAUGACCACCCAGAUGUGGCCACAAUGUUGAAUAUUCUUGCUCUUGUUUACAGGGAUCAAAAUAAAUACAAAGAAGCGGCGAACCUGCUAAAUGAUGCUCUAGCGAUAAGGGAAAAAACGCUCGGAGAAAAUCACCCAGCGGUCGCUGCUACGUUGAAUAACUUAGCUGUAUUAUACGGAAAACGUGGAAAAUACAAAGAAGCCGAACCACUGUGUAAGAGAGCUUUGGAUAUACGAGAAAAAGUGUUGGGAAAAGAACAUCCCGACGUAGCCAAACAAUUAAAUAAUUUGGCUCUCCUUUGCCAAAAUCAGGGCAAAUACGAAGAAGUCGAAAAAUACUAUCAACGUGCGUUAGAGAUCUAUGAAAAGAGGUUAGGAGCAGACGACCCGAACGUCAGCAAAACCAUGAACAACUUGGCUUCUUGUUAUUUGAAACAAGGCAAAUACAAGGAAGCCGAAGUACUCUACAAGCAGAUCCUCAACAGAGCACACGAGAGAGAAUUUGGAACUAUUGACGGUGAAAACAAACCUAUUUGGCAAGUAGCUGAAGAACGUGAAGAAAACAAGGCGAAAAACAAGGAAAACGUACCGUAUGGAGAAUACGGCGGAUGGCACAAAGCGGCGAAAGUAGAUUCCCCCACCGUAACAACGACUCUUAAAAAUCUUGGCGCCUUAUAUAGACGUCAAGGCAAAUAUGAGGCUGCCGAAACUUUAGAAGAUUGUGCUCUGCGCAGUCGAAAAGAGGCUUUGGAUAUUGUAAAACAUUCUAGAAACCUUUUAACCGACGACAGACGAAAACCCGGCAGCGCAAAAGACAAGAACUCCCGUCGAGGAUCUCGAGAAUCCUUAGAUAUGACGUAUGACGGAGACGAGACUUCGACAGCAAAAACUCCAGACACAGAAAAAAGUGGCCUAAAAACAAAAUUGUUCAGUGCGCUUGGAAUUCAUUCACCAGUAAGCAAGCCUUAGGUAUUUUAUAUGUAACUAAAUAAUUUAUAUAAAAUUUGUAAAUGUUGAGCUUUUAAGUUUGAGAAUGUUUUACACAUAGUAAUAUUUACUAAACAAAUAACAUUCCAUCUAAAUGAAGGUUGUCCAGUUAAAUUGUUUAGGAAAAUUAAUAAAAUACUUGUAUAAGCAAACACAAAAUGAUUGAAACCGUUCAACAGAAUACCGUAAUAAUCUCAUUAACCAGAUUACUGCAUAUUAUUUUUGAUUUAAAUUAAUUUUUAUUAAAUAAAAACUCUUAUUGUGAAAAGUGGUAUAUUUAUUUUCUUAAUUAUGUUUUUAUAUCAGUGGUAAAUAACAACUUAUUCGCUAUGAGCUUCGCUGGUAUAUGAAAAAAUCAAAUAAAAUUGUUUCAAACUUAUUAUUUAAUUCCUAUCGUGUAGUAUUUACAACGCAAAGAAGUAAUUUGAUUGUAAUCGAUAAUGAAUAUCAGUAAGUACAGAAUUUAUUACUCAUUAUGAUUAUUUUUAAGAUUUUGCUUAUCGUUAUGAAGUUAUGUUGACAGCUAAUAUUAGAAAAAAUUUAUUCUGCAAAAUAGUAUAAUUUAAUAUAAUUAUAGUAUAAUACUUAUGUACUAAAAAGUUAAAUUAUGCACUUAUUACACGUAAAUAAAUAAUUAAGAGCAUAAACGUAAAAUUUUGGGCCAACAUUUUUAAAUGCAUUAAUUUGUUUCGAAUCCUGAGAAAACUAAUAAGUAUUUUUGAAAAAUUAAAACGCAGAAUGAAAUAUUACAGAUUUGUUCCAACACAACGAAAAACCGUCAUGUAACGAUUAUUUUUGUUUAGACGUUUUGUUUAUGACGGACUUUUGGUCUUUUUGUGUUGGAACAAACCUUAUUACCGAGGGCCAAAAGUCCCUGAAAUCUUCUACAAUGGUUAUUUUAAUAAGUUAGGAAAAAUAGGGGUGAAAAAGACGAGAAAAUUGAGUGUUAUGUUUAAUUUAAAAUAUCUCUUUCAGAAAUAAUUUUUGUUUAUUCUAAGGAACUUUCGGCCCUCGCAAAUAAUGUAACUUUAUGCUUAGCGAGAGGGAAUCUAUAGAAUAGGGCUUUUCAUUCACAGUCAUUUGUUUCGAGCUUCUGUCAUGUGUCACAUAAUAUUAAUAUAUCUACGUCAUACGUUAUUGGUAUUUACAAUGAUACAAACCAAAGACGUAUGACGUAGAUAUAUUAAUAUUAUGUGACACAUUGAGACUCUUUAAUACAACAACUUUCGUGAGCCAUUUAAUAAAAAUUAUAUGCAACUCUGAUUACAGCAGAACGUCAAAUUUCCAACAAAAGUCGCGAACUUUUAAUUAUCCCCACUACCUACGAGCUUACAACGGAUAGAAGUGGCAUAACGAUUUAUUAGAUAUUUUUCAAACAAUCAUAGUAUUAAGAAUUUCAACGCAAUCUUAAUCGCCAUAUAAAAAUAUUCAUUUAUUCCAUAAAAGUUAACUCCGUUAAGAGGAAAUUUUCUUCAAUAUGUAGUCCGAAACGUAGCACAUCGGUACUAAUGUACCUUUUUUUCCAGUUAAAAUGUAAUUGAGGAAGAAACCGUACGAGUAAGAUUGGCCUGUUAUUUUGUUCUCCUGUGCGUCCAUAUAUUCCCCUUACCUCAAUCACAAGCUUACGCAGAGGUGGCUGUGAUACGUAAACCAAACUCGAAUCAUCAUCAUUCCAAUUUUGAUAGGGUUCUAAAACAUAAGAUAUUUCGACAAAUUACAGAUAAGACUUAGGCGUAACCAGGGGGGCUGGGGGUUAUAACCCCCCCCCCCCCUUGGGAUGUACUUUGAGCUCUAUACGCUUAACACCAUACCCCUCGGAGACCUUCCAGUAGUUGUAACCCCCCUUUCCGGUAGUUUUAACCCCCCUUAGGAUUGUCCUGGUUACGCCUAUGGAUAAGAAAAUAUGCCUUGGUCAAUGAACACAGACCACAGUGGAAAGAUGCAUCAAUAAACAUGAAGAAAACAGACAUGAAAAAUAGAAAAAUCAAAGAAAUCCCUUAUCUCUAUUAAAUGAAGAAAAAUGUGUAGCAAAUCCAUCAGCAGGAUACAGCAGACUUCGGUUACCAAUACUUAAAGAGAAGUAAACAACAAAAACAUACCAACAAUAGAGGAUAGGAAAAUGAGAAGCACAUAUCUCUAUCAUACACUACACAAUACCUACAUGAAAAUAGAAUUCACAACCUUUUUACCCCAAAAACUCAUAAACAUAGAAUCACAUAACACACAGAAUUAUUGCACAAACAGGAUAAUCAGAAUUUGAUGUAUCAUAGGGCAUAAAAAAUCAUCCAUCCUCAUAUAUUUUCAGCCAAAGUUGUUGCCUACAACCCUAAUAAGCAAAGUACAUUCAAAUCCAAUAUUUGUUGACUUAUAACAUAACCUCAAUAGGGCUUUUCAUCGAUUGUCAUUUGUUUCGAGCUUCUGUCAUGUGUCACAUAAUAUUAAUAUAUCUACGUCAUACGUCUUUGGUUUGUAUCAUUGGUAUAUACCAAUAACGUAGGACGUAGUUAUAUUAAUAUUAUGUGACACAUGACAGAAGUUCGAAACAAAUGACUGUGAAUGAAAAGCCCUAUAACAACAGUUGGCGGUUAUUCACACAUUCUCAAUAAAUCAUAAUUUUUUUGAUAACGAUUUCCGGAGUAGAUUUCGAAACGUCAAAUUAGAGACCACGCGAGCACAGUCUUAGAGGAAAACCACAAAAACGAUGGCUAGACGAUAUCAAAGCAAAAGUGGGGAGAAACUGGCACCAAAUAACACAAAACAAAACAGAGAAAAGUGGAGAACUCAUUGCGGAUACCUUUUUCUAGGAGUGGAUGCAAACAAGGUGAAGAAAAAAAAAGUUUAAUUCUACAUACGGUUCUAAGUGUUAGUUGCAUUAGAAGUAUGGUCCUUUUCAUGAGCAUUUUUUAGUGCGUCACAAAUGAUAGAAAAAAAGGUAUUUCCGUGAUAAUACCAUAGAGGUAUAUAUUAACAUAGAGGGAGCCUACCUUCCGCGCUUCCUGACGACAAGAUCUCAUGGACUGGUUUGCUGCAUCUCUUUCUAACACAUUGUAUCGAAAAUCUAUGAUGACAUUCAGUGUGAAUAUAGGCACGGAAGAGGAGGGCAACUGUAGCAGCUUUACUAUGCGUAAGAGUGAAACAGCACUAAUCCAAAUAAAAAAGAUGGUGCCGUCACUUCGCUCUGAAUGACACUCUCUCUAUGCUAAUAUAUAACUCUAUGGAUAAUACCAGAGACAUGUAAAAGGAUAGACUUGGCUAGGGAUAUGCCACUCAAUGCAUCGGGGUGUAACUUCGACAUAUGAUUAAGUGGUCUAGCCAUCUUUGUCAGUCACAUGCGCGGGAUCGUUUGGUUAAAAGAGAUAGAUAGACCACCGAUCGACUGUUUCCAUGCUGUUUCCGCGUUACGCUUUUUUGGUGAGUAUGCCGACUCUACGCUUAAUAUGUCAAUGGAUAAUACACAUUUAUUCUAACAUGACAUUUUAGUUAAAUCUGACAGUUGUCACAUUUUAUUUGCAAUUUGGAAUAAAAUCAAAUCAAUUGUGUUUAUUGCAUUUAUAAAAUGGUAUUUUCUUUGAUUUGUAUAGUCUUAUAAAUUGUACACAUUAUAUUCGUAGAUAUAUUAUAUAAUUCGUAAAUUUUAUUUUCGAUUAUAGCGCUAUCUAUCGACAACUAGAAUAAAUGUUAUAAAUGUCUGUAAUCACCGACGUGCCUUUUUUUGUCACAUACAUUUUAAUGCGUUAGAAAGAAAUCGAAAAACUGUAACGCACUGAAAGAUGCUCAUGAGAAAAGAUUAUCUACAGUCCGUCUAAUUUACUUACUGUUGCACGUCAUUAUUUACGUUAGAGAUCUAAGUUGACAUUGCUGCCCAAUUACAAAAAAUUCUUGAAUUUAUUUUAAAUCAAAUACAUCACACAAUUUUUGCGGAAGUGUAUUAUACAGCAAAACAAAUUAAUAUUCAAUGUAAAUAAAUAAAAACUUUAGAAAUAGAAAACAAGAAUUAAGUUAUAAUCUUACGUUAAAGUACAUAAUAAAACAGUAAAUAUAAUGAAACAAAUACUUAUAGUAAAGAAUAUAAACAAAUAUGAAGUAUCAUCAUCAUCAUCAUUAUAUCAUGUCAAAUAAAUGUUACCAAUUUAUGCCAAAAUAUCACCUUCGUUCGAUUAUAGUUACAGUGUAUUCCGAACAAAUUUGCUUCAUAAAAACGCUUUAUAAUCCAUUUAUACAAAUUAAAUGAAACAUAAUUAUUGUGUAUUUCUUUAAGUUAACAUUAAUAGAAAUCUUUAAAUAUUAUUUCUACGCGUAUAUAAUAAAAUAUGCAUUAGUGGCUGUAACGCCAGUGUGCUCGGCAAAGUGAUUCUAAAAAAGAACACACCUACCGCCUAAAUAUUUAGUGUUGGUAUCAUGUGUCGUCUCGGGCUAUGACGCGGAUGACGUGCAACGGUAAGUAAAUUAGAUGGAGUAUACUUAUGUAACAACAUUAAAAGAAAAUUGUAAUUACUUACCUUUAUGUAUUCUAUUAGCAAAUAAUGCAUCAAACUUAAUUCUAGGAUUGGUAGAUACACCUAAACUAGUACAACUAAGGAAGCAAUUAAACCUUUUACCGCCAAAUAGUCAGAGAUCGAAAUAGUAAUAUCAGUGAUUCUUUUCGAAGUUCGUGGAUGAUUACGGAAUUUGAGGAGAAAGAGGAGGAAUUUCAGUAGCGUGUAAAAUUAUACAAUUUUACGUGUAAAAUUAUAUAAUUUUAUAAGUAUACUAUUAUUUUAGUAAGCAAUAAGUAACAUUUCAUGCAACAAUUUCACUAUUUCGUUCUUUGAGUGUAGAUAGGUCGAAGAAAAGUUGGUUUAUGUCGAGAGUUCGUGACAUAUGUGUGUACGCACCUAAUGGUUUCAAACAUUUUGUGAUUUUCUCCUAAACUAAACAAAAGCUUUCAGAAACUAUUUACGAAAAAGUUCAAAAGCUUUAGUGCAAUAACGAUUUUAAACAUUUAUAACAAUAUUUAUCCAUCCGCAUAAAAUCUUAACGAACAAAUUUUCUUGAUACCAUUUGAAAAGAGUUAACAAUUUUUUUAUUAUAUAAACUGAUAAUACAUAAUAUUCUUAUUUAUUAUUAUUCUUAGCAGAAUAGAGAGUACAUGCUUACUUUAUAUCGUUAGUAUAAAGGUGAUCGAUACUAGCAUAUAUUAUUGGCUUGUAUACAGUACAGAUUCAAUAAAAGGUUCAGUUAUA